GCCACAGGUUCCUGCUGAUAAACCAACAAUUUGGUACUGCUUGCACUGUGCAUCCUGCCUAAGACCCUCCCAGAUCAUUUAAAAAGCCAGCCUGCACCGUGGGAAACACGUCUUUUCAUGGAAAGACUGCCCAAGGCAAAAGGUGUUGAAUACUUGGCCAAGUACUGAUGCCAACUGGCGGUACAAGACUGCAGAAGAGAUUUUGAAGAUUUAACCGCGAUCGGAGACUGCAAUGGGGGGUGACGUCACACAGUCAACCACUGACGAUAUGCUCACGGUGACGACUGAAUAUAUGUCCACUGAAGAUAAUGGAUCGGAUUACGCAUCGGGAAGAAGUGGAACUUCAUGUAAUUUUGAUGCAGAGGAGCUCAGCAAGACACUUCUACCAAUCAUCUAUUCAAUUGUUUUCAUCCUGGCUUUCAUCGGCAAUGCAUUAGUUAUACUGAUAUUAGUCAAGUACAAGAGAUACAAAGAAGUGACCAAUUUUUACCUUUUAAAUCUGGCCAUUGCCGAUCUAAUCUUUGCAGCGACAAUGCCGUUCUGGGCUCAUGAAUCGGCCAAUGGCACGUGGAUUUUUGGUAACAUCAUGUGCAAACUCGUCACCGCUUUUUACAGUGUUAAUUUUUACAGCGGGAUUUUUCUCCUGGUGUGCAUGAGCAUUGACCGUUUUAAUGCCGUGGUCCUUGCCACAAAGUUCAACAAAAUAAGGAGGCUGCAGAAUGUGAAAUAUAUAUGUGCAUUUGUGUGGGGAUUUGCAUCUUCCCUGAGCAUUUUUGAUAUCGUUUUAUGUCAAGCCCAAUCCUUUGAUGAUGGUAUUACAAUAACUUGCGGACACAACAUUGACAGCAACAUUCUUGACUGGAAAUUGGGACUGGCAAUUGUUCAAAACAUCUUUGGUUUCUUGAUACCAUUUAUAAUCAUGCUCUCGUGCUAUUCCAGCAUAACAAUUACCCUCAUGCAUACCAAAAACUACAAAAAGUUAAAGGCAUUUUACGUAAUUCUGGCGGUGGUGUUGGCUUUCUUCUUCUGCUGGCUGCCCUUCAAUGUCAUCAUGUUUAUAGAGGCGUACCUGGGAUACAAUGAUGCGAUGACAUGCGAGGCUCAAACAAGCUUAAUGUAUGCCAAGCAAGCUGCAGAGGGCAUUGCCUUCAGCCACUGCUGCCUCAACCCAUUUCUCUAUGCAUUCAUCGGCAUCAAGUUCAAAAAUGAUUUCAUGCGGCUGCUCAGCGAAGUCAGAUUGAUCAGUCAGAAGCAGCGAAGGCGGACCAGGCAGCCCAGUUUUACACGGUCAUCGCAAGCUUCUGAUGCCGAGAGUAACACAUCCGUUACAAAUAUCAAAUACGGAGCAUAGUAAUAAUGUAGCUGACAGGAUGUAAUGUACGGUCGGUUUGGAUCUCGUCAGCCAAUCAGAUCGUGCAUCGAACUUCAUGUAUUGUAUCGGGUUGUGACCCACCCAAGAUUGGGUCACAACCCGGAUUGACCAAUUAGGCUGCUGGACCAUUAAAAGUAGCUCCCAAACACCACUGUUGUCGUGAUGCUUAGGCAUCCUCUUGAGUUACAAAAUCCUGAAUUGAAUUGUCCAAUCCAGAGGUUAAUUUAGUUGUUCAGUUUGAUAUGACUUUGUAAUCUUUCUUUGGUACGAAAUAAUGCAUAUUACAUUUAUCGGUCAAAAUGAAUAAUUGGGGAGAAUGGUGGCACGGUGUUUAGCGCAUUCUGCUUAAACCCUGCCACCUCGGUGCUUGAUGAGGGGCUCAAAAUUUUAAAAUUGAAGAUUACUGUUAAUCCUAUUUACAAUUGCAAAAACGCUCUUUUGACUGAAAUGUAAUCACAUUCACCACUUUGUAAUUCAACAAAGGGGGAGGGUGGGGGGGUGGCCUCACCCUCAACACCACAACAGUGCUCACCAUUGGGGGCUCGUGUUAACAUAUCGUCGUACGUACUACUGGGAAUGGAUGUUCUUGCGAAGUGAUCAUUUGUGAGAAAACAUAGAUAUGUAAUCAAAUAGCUCCGGAUUGGACUAAGGUGGUGAUCGGUCCCAAUACAACUGGAUGCUAUGAGAUGAAGCAUGCACCGCUAAUAUUUUAUUAUUCAAUACACUUUUAUGAAUGUUAUUCUCGGAAACAAUAUUUCGAUGUUUAGUCGGUGAAUGCAAUUUAAUGCACUUAAAUAUUUUUUCACUGCAGCUUUUAUACAUUUGCAGAUCAAGGUAAUACGUCACCACCAAUCGAUAAUUCUAGAUAUAAUAAUUUUGUUUUAAAAGAAAACUGUGAUUAACCAUGGAAUUAAGUCGUAAACAAUUACCUCUUCGUCACUCAUAUACAUACCUUACAGGGGUUUAAAAUUAUAUCCAUAUAAAUUGAUGGCAUUUUCACGAUGUUUUAUUUUUUUGUCGUUGUGUAAAAGGCGUUCGGCUCUACAUUGCAAGGCGGCGAAAUCAAAUCGUGAUUGGGGAUUCAGUGGUUCUGGAAAUCAUGCCAUAUAAGAGCACCGGUGAGAUCAUGGGUUCAAAUCGAGUUAUCCAUGAUUACAUUUGAAUUGACAGAAUAGAGUUUGAUUUGUUACGUGAUGAACCGUCUUUGUAGGUUAAAUAAAAGGUGUUCCCCUAGUAUGCUUAAGGGAGGCAUAGUUAAGGAACGUCAGUAGUGUUGUGAUGACACCUUCUGCAACUGUGAAGAAGUUUUGAAUAUAAAUUACAUCUCUAAACACGAUGCCAACAAACUGGAAGGUACAGUUAAGUGCGAUAAAAAUAAAAAUAUUAGCCUGGUGAACAGUGAUUAGACAAAACACCCUAUCACAUUACAUUCGGUUUGGCACUUCAUUGGGCCAACUACCAGCUCUGAGAACUAAAACUAUAGGGCUUGACUGUCAGGUGACCAACCGUUACCUCUCUGCAAUAGGAUGGGUGGGAAGUGCUGCCCCCCCAGUGUAUGAAGGGAUCUCGUAAAUGGUUCAGUGACAUCUGCUUGCAUGGACUGCUCUCUAGCACAAAGUGAUAACAACGCUGUGCUCAGUCAAUUCAGACUGGAUAUCUUGUUUUUUUCCAUCUCAUGACAUUAUACUGACAACACAAAUUGAACAAAAAUUGUAGACAAGACGAAAUGAUUUGAAAUAGUUGAAAUCCCAGUCAAGGGUCAUUAAAAUAAGUACCACUUGAUGGUAGUCAACAGUGGUUAUCAUCUUCUUGGUUCUUUCGGUAAAGUCACGUAGAAGGGAAGUAAUAAAAUAAUAAAAUAAAACAUAAUAAAGUAAUUCUCACGACGUUUCGGCCACAACGCAAGCAGCCAUCCUCAGGUGAAAACCAGGUCUGUCGCCUCGACAGACCUGGUUUUUACUUCCCUUCUACGUGACUUUACCGAAAGAACCAAGAAGAUGAAUCCCUGCAGUCACGAAAGCUUUAAAUCGAAAUUUAGUGGUUAUCAUAUGCAUAUCCUUGGCCUCAUCAUAGCACUAUGGAAUUUCCGCUAGUGGUUUAGCUCUAUAAAUGAGAUAGACACCACCCACCUUUGAGUGGGAAAAUUGUUUUUUUUAGUUCACUGCAAUUUAUAAGUAUUAUACAAUGUAUUAUGACAAUCGUGUAUGGUAUGGCUUUAUAAAUAUAUAUUUGCCGAGCUGUUAUGUACCUUAAUGUAAUAAAUUGUUGAAGAGUGUUGCGUUUUAUAAGAGGCACAAAUAAGUGCGAGUUAAGUUUACCAUAUCUGAAAGCUAUUUAAACAAGUAUAUUAUAUAAAUAACAGAGAAAGGUUUAUAAAAAAUAUAUAAUGGUGGUCUUUGAACAUUUCUCUAUGUGUGCCACCUACAGUUGAGGCAUGACAUUUCAUAUUUGUUAGCCGAUUUUACAAGAGCAUUUUUUUUAAUAUACUAGAACCAAGAUCAAUCGUUUUUACAUGGAGACAUAAAACUCGUUUGUAUCGCGAAGUAGUGUUAGUGUGCAUUUUUAAAUGACUGUACGUCAAAAAGUAUUACAUCUCAAACAGAGCAUUGCAAUACGAGGGCGAGAAGUGGAAUGGGCAUUUGCACCGAAUUUUGGACUCCAAUAGCUUUAAAAGGGCCCUAUUGGCUACCUACGUGGCAGUGUUUCUUAACCUUUAAAGCAGCCUUGCGCCCCCCCAUUGGUUCUCAAGCGUUAAAAAGUGUAUGUUAACACAUUGGAUUGAUGAAACUAAGCAGUUGUAUUCCUGGUUCUUUCGAUUGCAACCAUGUGUUGCUUGUGUU